UUUACACCAAGAAAUCUUUUUUUAUCCCGUCGGGCUCGGGUGGGCCGCUAAGAACGACCAGAUGCAUAGAACCGGAAGAACGAUCGUCUUAGCUUCAUCACUAGUGUUACCCACCCGCCCGCCUAAUCCUUUCUCAUACAUUUUCCUCGAAUUUUGUUUCUUCUUUUUGCAUUGAAAAUGCCGCCUAGUAUGUUGGAUGUUCGUUUAACCAUAAAGGUCUUCCUACUGGCCGUGGUAGGACAGCUUGGAGUUGUAGUGACGAGCAGCGAACCCGGACCUACAACUUUCAGGGUGCAGAGCGCGAGCCAUCAUGACGGCGCAACUCACCCCGACCCGCGGCAGGGCACACUCGGGUCCCUGGGUGCAACGAUGCAGACCCACGACGCGCCUUUCAACGUAUGCUUUGGCUUUUUUGGAUUCUUUCAGUUAUAAUUUUCGCCAUCGCAGCUUUUCCAGUGGGGCGUUUGAUUACAACUCGAUUUUGAAAGUGAUUAUGGCGAGGGCGACUCUAUUCGUUUUCAUGAAAUCUAACGAACUAUUUAUUUGAACCUGAAAACCAACCAACCACAGAUGCACUUCGACGCUCCGGGUUUUCUGGCUCUGUACUUCUGGACCGGGCUUCUCUUCGUCAUCACGCUGGUGUACCGCCUCGUCAUGUGGGGCGCGUGCCGCCGGGACAUGGUGCGCGAGCGCGUUUCAGAGAACCAACGAGAGAACCUGCUCAAGCAGGGCUACCAGGACGUCAAGGGGGGCGUGUACGGAACACUUGCGACCACGUACGCGGCCACUUUUGCCAAGGUAUCCGAAGAGGUGAUUGACCACGGGGGCCGGAGCGGCAUCGUGCGUAAGCAAGUAGUCUACCAGUUCGGCUACGGCUACACGUUUUUCGGGUCCGUGCUGUACUUUUUCUACAUGCUGUGGCUCUGCGCCGUUUCUGCUACGUUGUUGCUGUGCCUGCUCACCGUCAGCAUACCCGACCACUUUCUCUGGUUCGCAAACGGCUUCUUCAACCUGUCGCUGUGUCCGGAAUCGGUUUGGGACAACAUGGACAGGAGAGCGUACAAUAUUGAUACCUUUGUUGUUUGGCUUUUUCUUUUGUCUGUGAUAAACAACUUUUCCAACACCAUUACCAUCGUUUGAAACUCUAUCUUUUCUUUGAAGAAGUAAAAAAAGAGGUUUGCGCCGUGGUAUUCUAUCCGUUUCAUCAAAUACUUUACCUCAGGCAAAACUGCUCCCUCGGGAUGACGGACGACGCCUACAUGAAGGCCAACCUUGGCGGCGUCUUCCUGAUCUUCUUCGUGAUUUCCUUCUUCAUGUGGUUGCUUUACCUGAAGAACAGCAACGCGAUCUUCAACUUUUUCAUGCGGCAGAUGUCGCUCCGCGAGGCCGAGUACGUCUCGAUCGAGGAGCGCAUCGUGGAACAGUCGCAAGACGACGCGCGCUACGAGAACGAAAUCAGCCGCACGGUCGUGGACAACGUGCAAGUCAUGGUCGAGGACAUCAACGGCAUUACCUACCGUUAUUUCGUCUUCCAGUCCACGCGUCUGACCUACGACCACACCGCGAAAAUCUUCGCUGCGCCCCGCAACGAGGUGGUGGACCGGAACACGCUGAACGCCCUGCAUCUGUACAAGCAGGAACCUCUAACCGUCGAUGCUGUGUCGGUGGAUAUUCUGCUGCGCGGGAAGAACAAGAUCGACGUGCGGGUCCCGAGCUUCUUCUGGUUUGCGGCGCAGGAGCUGGGGAACGCGGUGAACCUGUGGCAGAUUUUCCAAGCCGUCACGCUCGCGUUCUUCUGGCAGGUGGCCGCGGGCGCCGUGCUGUUCUUCGUGUUCCUCAUCCAGCUCUACCUCGCCGCCAUGGCGCGGAAGCGCGUGAUGCAGAACGUGGAGCAGACGGCGCGGAUCCAGGGGAUUCGGUUGCUCGUUUACCGGGACGAGCGCCGGGACAAGUACCUGGAAUUUGGAAAACCCGUGGACAUGUCGCGGAUGGAUUUGAACCGCCGCGCGAACCAACGGGACACGCGGCACCCGACCUUGUCGAAGAUUGUCGAGGCGGACGACGAGGAGUCCGAGUCCGAGGGCAGCUCCAUGUCCGACGGACACAUGCUGCAGUCCAGCGGGGGCCACAAGAGCGACAACACGUUCACAUACAUCGCCGACAUGAAGGUAUUAAGACCUACUUUGCCGUUUUCUAAAGUUGUGGAUUUUGAUUAAGACCUUAGGUUAGGAGUUUCAGUUUGUGUUUAAGCGCUUUGUUUCAUUCUCUAUCAUUCAAACACAACUUCUCAGAAUGGGAACGCGCAGGCCAAGGACGCGCCAAAGGAUGCGGACGGGGCUCUUGCUUUCAAGCGGCUGAAUGCGGGCACUGGCGCACUUGCCGCGGCCCGAACGGGGACCAGCACUCCGUCGACCUCUGCCGGCCCCUCGCGCGACAACUCCGACAGCAAUAGUGAGGAGGGCGACCGCGGGCUGCAAACGCUGAGCGGCAUCCAGUCCCUGAACGCGCGCUCCAAGCUCCGGAACGGUACGUUCCGCAGCGUGCACUCGGCGGAGCUGGUCCCGGGUGACCUGAUCGAGAUCCCGGAGGGGGUCGUGAUCCCCUGCGACUGCGUGUUGCUCGAGGGCCACGCGCUGGUGAACGAGGCGGAUCUGACCGGUGAGCCGAUGCCGGUGACCAAAUACCCGAUCGAGCGCCGCGGGCGCGCCGCCAACGAGGACCGGCUGGACGUGGUCGCGCACGGCAAGAAGCACUACCUGCACUGCGGAACGACGGUGCUCCAGUCCCUCGGUUCGCAGCGCAGCAAGCGCAACCUGAAGGCCAUCGGGCUCGUCGUGCAGACCGGUACGGCGACCAUGAAGGGCAACAUGAUCCGGCGCAUUCUGUACCCGAGUCCCGUGUACUACCGGUUCACCGACCAGCUCGGGCCGUUCGUGUUCACCAUGGUCUUUCUGCUGCAGCUCGGCUCGACGAUCCCCUUGCUGGUGUACGGCGCGAACGACGGGCGGGGCUUCUUCCAGAUCCUCGUGAUGGCCUGCUUCGAGGCGAUCUCGCUGUCCACGCAGGUCGCGAGCCCGCUGAUGCUGCUCGGGCUCACCCAAGCGCAGCAGAGCGCUGCGGACCGGCUCAAGAACUCCCCCUCGACCACACAGACGCUCUCCCCCGAGCGCAUGAUCAUGGCCGGGGAGAUCAAGGUGCAGUGCCUGGACAAGACGGGCACGAUCACGGAAGAGGGCCUGCAGCUCCACGGCAUCCGGCCGGUAACCGCAGGGCUGCAACCGUCCUCCUUUCCGGCCGCCCCUCCAGCGAGUGGGAUGAACACUUUUCUCGAGGACUCGAACCCCAGCAGCCAAACGCAAACCACCCCGCCGAUCAGCCAGGGGGCCAACUCGCACUCGUCCUCCGGGUCCUUCUCGGACAGCAACUCUGGCGGCGAGGGGUCCGCGGACGCGCGAACCACCGCGUCCAGUACGAACAAGGCCAACGCGCGCGCCGCGAACAAGAUCUUUGAGAAGAAGUUCGAACCGCUGAACCGCACGUUGGCGGAGAGUCUCCACGGCCCGACCGUGAAGUUUGGCCCCCUGGUGUCCGUGCGCGACACCCCGGACCAGCCGAUGGACAAGGCGAACCUGUUGGAGGUCGCAAUGGCCACCUGCCACACCGUGACGAAGGUGGACGGAAAUCUGUACGGGAACUCCGUGGAGCGCGAGAUGGUGCGGGUGCUGAACGUGGACUUCGCCGCCCGGAUCGGCGAGGGCGUGGAGUACUUCCGGCCGAAGCGCCACCCCGGCGGCGGCGAGUUGCUGUUCAAGACCGUGCGGCAGUUCGAGUUUGACCAGGGCACGCAGAUGCAGUCGGUCGUCGUGGACAUGCGCGGCGAAAACGCCCGCGCGCGCGGCGCGCGGAACUCCCGCUCCAACGACAGUGCCUCCUUCCGGUCCGGAACCUCCUCCGACGCCUCCGUGCACAGUCACCGCAGCAGUUUGUCCACGGGUUUGUCCUCCUCCCUGUCCGGUACGGGGUACGGCCGCUCCUCGCCCCAGCACUCGCACGUGCUCUUUUCCAAGGGCAGCUUCGACGCGAUCUCGAAGCGGUGCCUGCCGCACACACUUCCGGUGGACGCGGAGCAGCUGACGAAGUCCCUUGCGGUCGAGGGGUACUACGUGAUUGCCAUCGCGUACCGCCCGGUCGACGAGUCCUCGCAGAACAAAGCGAACGGGCAGAAGGUCGUGCGGUGGCACACCAGCUCGCGGGUGGAUCUCGAAACGGACAUGAUCUUUCUCGGGCUGAUCUAUUUCCUGAACGAGCUCAAGUCCGACAGCGCGGCCGCGAUCGCCGAGCUGCGCCACGGCAACGUCGACCCGGUGAUGCUGACGGGAGACAACCUGUGGACCGGCAUCCACGUGGCGGAGAAAGUCGGGAUGCUGCCCAGGAACGCCGUCAUUUUGGGCGCUGACGUGGAGAAGAUCCUGGACCGCGAGGGGCGCCGGAACUCGAGUAGCUUUCCCGACGAACUGCACUGGCAGUUCUUGCGCAAAACGGACAACAAGCACCUCCCGGUCUGGAUGAACCUGCUCGCGGAGCCCGGGGCCCGGUACAGCUCGCGCAUCUCCUUCUUCGGUACCGACGUCACGGGCCCGUCCGCGGCCGAGGCGCGCAAGCGCACGGGCAACGGGGCCUUCUACCGGAAAAAGGGAGCCAGGUUCGGCGGCGCGGGCGCGGCCUCGGACAUCGAGCUCGAAGCGCACACGUCGACGCUGUACCCGACGCGUGGCGGCGAGCCGCCCGUCUCAAUCGCGCAGGCGGUGAAGGCCACGCAGGAGGGUGCGGUCCACCUGAGUCCGUCGCCCAUGUUCUCGCCCACCAACCGCAGCCUACUCUUCGAGCACUUCUACUUCGACGGUCAGGGCGUGGACGACCGCAAGUUGCUGCGGCUCAUCGAGCAGAUGGAGCUGUUCGCCGAAACUAUGGAGGACAACGGCCACGCAGCCAUGGUCGUGCCAAAAUACAACUCGACUGCUCCCGCGGCGCCGACGAACGCGCUGGAACUGGCGGGCUUGUCCGAUGCUGACGACUCCAUCAGCGACGCCUGCGAGUCGGAGAGGCAGCGACUGCUCGACCGUGACCUGGACGUGGAGGGCGGCGCGUUUCCGACGGCCCGGUCGCUCCCGCGCGUGAGCGCGCAGUACCGACCGACUCUGCUGUCCAAGGAGCUGCAGGCGGCGGCCCGGAGCGACGACGAGCACGAGUUGAAGGCAGCGGUGCGCGCGCCCGUCGCGAUUAGUUCCAAGCGGCCGAAGUACUACUUCGCGCUCACCGAGGCGGCCUACCGGUUCCUCGCAGACCACGAUCCGCGGUUGCUGGAGAAGAUCUUCCCGCGGGUCAUCGUGUUUGGGCGCAUGACGCCGAACGGCAAGGUCGACGUGGUGCGCCGCACCCAGUCCACCGGCAUGGUGGUCGGCAUGUGCGGCGACGGCGGCAACGACUGCGGCGCGCUGCGAGCCAGUCACGCCGGGGUGGCACUCGCGGACGGCGAGGCCAGCAUUGUGGCGCCCUUCUCGUCAACGUCAAAGUCGCUCUUCGCGGUGGUCGAGACGAUCCGCCAGGGCCGCUGCUGCCUGCGCGUUUCCACCGCGCUGCUCGAGUUCCACGUGAUUGUCGGCAUUGCGUCCGCGAUUUUCAAGGUCGCAAUUCUGUCGCAGAAGGCGUACCCGUCGGAGCUGAUGUACCUGCUGAAGGACUCCUUGGUUCCCUGUUUGAUCGUCACUGCGCUGGUCGCCGCCACCCCGCCGCUCCACCUCGGGUUCAAACGGGGCGGCUGGUGCAGCUGCUGCCGCCGCGAGCAGUGGGGCACGAAGAACGGGAUGUGGCUGAUGUUGGACAGCGAGCGGCCGACCGGCAACCUGAUCGCGAAGCCGCGGCUGUUCCUGAUCGUGAUGGCGGGUUUGAUCUUCGGGUCGUUCGUCUACCUCACCUGGUUUUUCACCACGUCCACCAUCGCGAACCCGUGGUACCACUCGAUCGACCUGUACGCUUUGCGCGGCGAGGGCCAGCUGAUCGCCCCCUGGACCAGCAACCUGCUCAGUCCGGUGAUGAUCGGCGCCAUCGUGCUGUUCAGCUUCGUGGUGUUCGUCACCGUCUCCAUCGACGGGAAGUUCCGCAACAACGUGUUCAGCCAGUGCUGGGUGUACCUGCUGUUACUCGCCGUGUUCGCGCCGGUCUUGUUGAUCUACUUCAUGUGCAACUCGCCGAUCCACGCCCUGCUCCGCACCAACGUGGACAACAUGCACUCCUGGCAGCACGCGUCCAUCACCGCCCCGGCGACCCGCGCCGUCGCGUUCUCCAACGCGGACGUGCUCAGUCCCAACUUUUGGUUCACCCGCCCGGACGCGUCGCUGUUCAGCGGGCAGGAGGACGUGUUCUCCUACGCUUUGAACACAGCGGAAAGCUUCCCGGACAUCAGCACCCCAGCCCCGGUCCACUGGUCGUCCGGCAGUAGUAGAGUGGGCGCGGAAGCAGCAAUGGAAAAUGAACAAGGUGCCGAGAGUACGACAGCGGCUCGCAGCAGCAGAAAGGCCGCCGGCGCGCAGAGCACGCCGCCGCCGAGCGACGCGCGCGGGGAGGAACUGUUGCAAAGACAGGUCGACCAGGCGGACAAGUUCAUGCACAACGAGAUGAGCGCGGCGCUGACCGGGUGGCGGGCGAACUUGCUGACCAAGAUGGACAAGGGCAGUGAGCAGACCGCCAUGUCCGCCACCGAUUUUCGGGUUUUAUUCCCCGCGGUCGGCGGCGGCGCCGCCACCCCCGCGAGCGCGGUGAUGGUGGAAGUGAAGACGGAUUUCAUCACGCAGGACGCCACGGUGAAGCAGUGGGUGAAGAGCCUGCACGAGGCGAGUCAGGUCACCUUCGCGGACCUGCGGGUGUCGCGCCGCAACAAGGCGUUGGAGCCGCUGCCGGAGCCGCAGAUGAUUGCGGACAUCGCCGCGCACGCGUGCCAGAAGAUGUGCGCCGCGAGCUGGACCGCGGGCCGGGGCCAGAACGUGCCGGACCGCGAGCGGUUCUACUGCUGGUGGGUGGCCGUGUCCGCCGAGCGGUGCGUGCUGAUGCCGCGCACGGACGUGGGCACCACCGUCGCCCUGGGCCCGGACUACUUCAACUACGUCUCCACGGAGCUGCUGCCGAAGCACAGCGGGGUUGGCGUGGACGCGAUCUACAACACGCCGAAUUUGAAUGUGCAGGUGGUGGGAGGAGGUACCACUACCAACAACGCCGGGGGGUCGUCUUUGGUCAACAACGUGGUUCUGUACCCAUCGAAAGACGCCCAGGAGCCGUUCACCGCCUACCAGCUGAACCGGCACAACGUGCUCUCCUGGCGGUCGCAGAACUACAAGAGCGAGGGCGGCUACGACGACUGGCUGCAAGAGGCGCUGCCCUCCUUUUACCCGCGCCAGGAUUUCUACAUGCCCCGAAACGGCUUCACGGACGACCACUCACGGUGGUUCCCGGAGGUGUACGAAAAUUACCCGGCCAGCUUUGUGCCCUCGUUUUCCAUGGUGUUCGCCGGGUUCGUCGUCGUGCUAUGCGCUACGAUGGGCUUCCUCACCUGGCUGGUGCUCAAGUUCUGGGCAAUAGGCUACGAGCCGCCGCACCGGGUGCACCAGUUCCACAUGCGCGGCGCGCCGAUGCCGCCCAGUCCGGACUCGAACACGUCUGGGUCCCCGCUGGAGUAAAAGCGGAUGGAGGACGAGGACGAAAUUAGUCGAAAAAGAAACAAAAUUCGAGAAUUUUUUACCGAAGAUCUGAAUUUUUUAAGGCGUGGAAGAAAAAUUAACGCACGUUCUGUCUUUAUGGAAGAUUACGCCAAUGUGUAUCGUCUUGUUUUAACCAAUCUUACAAUUACUUCACAAAAUAGAGAGGCUUGAGCGCCUAUCUCUUCCAAUUCCCUACUUGCUUUAACUGUUUCUGUUUUCUCAUAUUUUUGUACUUGAAGCUUUGUUCAAUUUGUACCAAUUGUUCCUCUGUUACUGUUUUCAAAUGUACCUGAUGUAUCAUUCUAGCCUCAUGCCUCGUGGUUACUCUUACGCACACAGUAUUUUUGCAUUUUUAUUCGGCACAGCCCGAAUCAAAAAUUAGAAUCUUGAGCGGCAUUUUUGUAGCGAACUGAGGGCAUCAGCAUCACUUCCCC